GAAACGGUGGAGUAAGAGGAAUCACUCUCCGCCAUGAGUGCGCUACGGACCUUUUACGAGAAAUUCCAGUUAAGCCGGUGUCUUUGCAAUGAUGAAAAUCGAUGUAGUUGUAACGAAAGAGCAUCGAGAGCCGGGAAGAUGGCUUCUUAUUGCCUGAUCGUCCUUGGUGUUUUAGUAACAGGACCUGGCAUCUUGAUGGCAUCGUCCGGCCAUUCUGGAAAUUUACAUCCCACCUAUGCCGGCGUGGGUUUUCUAUCGUUUGGAGGGAUAAUGGUCGUGAUGGGACUAAUACUCUGUGGAGUUAAUCGUUUAAGAAAGCGUCAUUGUAGGAAUCCCCAUGAUGCAACGACGUUUAACCAACAGGAAUUCUGUGUCGUCACCGAGGAUCCCGACGGAUUCGAGGACUAUGUCCAGCGCAGAGGUCUUCCUCAUAGUGAAUCGAUGCCAGCGAGUGCUGCCGCGCCGUCGACCGACCAAGGUGUUAUCAGAUGCUACGUUUUACCGACAAGCGUUAGUUGGCCAAACACUUCCAGGGCUCAGAUGAACGGCCCAGUCGUGUACUAUGUGGGAAGGCCACUACCUCCACAGCGACAGUCGUCUUCCAGUAGCAAUAACACCACGUGAUCUGGGAAACGCCGGCUGCUGGUGUUCGAAUGAACUACGUCAUCACCUUGAAAGGAUUUACACGGAUUGAGAAUUAAUUCUAAUUGCAGACCGAUAUUUUAUUGUGUUGAAAAAUGAACUGUCAAUCUAUAACGGACAUUAGAGCAACUUGAGGGCGUUUCGGAUUGUAAAAGCAUCCUGGUACGUUCAUCUUGCUUCACGUCAUAAGGACCUCCAGUAAACCAGUGGUUUCCUUAUGAGCGGAUACAAAUGUGAAUCAUUUACCAAUCGUCACUCUGCAGAUACAGGAAGAAUUACCUACUUAUAAGCUCCAUCCGAUAUGCGCGUCCAGGGGUCAAUGUCCUUUAAAUUUAUUGACCAAGAUUAUAAAUUAUAUUGUUUAUGAUACACGGUGUUUUGAUAUUCAUGUUCGAUACGUCACGAGUUAGUGGGUAUCACGUGAUUGAUUGCCAACCCACGUAUUGCAUCGUCCACUGAAUGUAAUAGUAAUUUAUAAAUGUAACGCACAAAAGGCAAUAAAAAUAUCCACGUAUUCAUUGUAAUUUUUUCAGAGUAAAUACAUAUAAUUUUAAUUAACAUGUA